CAACCAGCGGGGGUCUUUCGAUGUCACAUGUUCAAUUGUUACGAAUACCUCAUAAAGUGGCGUAUUUGACAAUAGACAUGAUUUUUUCAUUUUUAUUCCAUUUGUCUCAAAUUCUUCCCGGUGCCUCGGCUGUUUCCGCUAAUCACGUGACGCAUACAGGUCGAGGCGGUCCUCAAAGUCUCAGCUGUCAAGAUGGCGGAGCUACACCAUCAUCACAAUUUCUCUCUCUGCUUCUGUGAUUUCGUGAGGCUGCUUUGGUCCUUGGUGGUCCCCUGCCUGGUCCUGAGCCUGGUGCUGACCCUGCUCCUGUUCCUGCUCCUGCUGGCACUCCGCGCAUGGCUGCAGGGCCGCCGUAGGGCUCAGGCAGGCGGCCCGUCGGUGGCUUUCUUCCACCCUUACUGCAAUGCCGGCGGAGGCGGGGAGCGCGUCCUCUGGUGCGCCCUCAGGGCCCUUAUGCACCGGUAUCGCCAUGUCUCCUUCGUGGUCUACACAGGGGACCAGGGAGUGACAAGUGCCCAGAUUCUGGAGCGAGCCCGGCAGCGUUUCGACAUCAAGCUGCCCCGGCCCGUCAACUUUGUCUUCUUGCAUCGCCGUACUUUGGUGGAGGCUUCCUCCUACCCUCACUUCACGCUGCUCGGCCAGAGUGCUGGCUCCAUGGUCUUAGGCUGGGAGGCCCUUAUGGCGUUUGUCCCUGACGUGUACGUGGACUCGAUGGGCUAUGCCUUCACGCUGCCGAUCUUUCGCUACCUGGGAGGCUGCCAGGUGGCCAGCUACGUCCACUAUCCCACUGUCAGCACUGACAUGUUGUCCGUCGUCCGGGAGAGGAACCCCAGGUUCAACAACGCAGACUCGAUCAGUGAUAGCGCUGUGCUGAGUGCGAUAAAGGUUUUGUACUACUGCAUCUUCGCCAUCCUCUAUGGGCUGGUGGGCUCCUGCAGCCACAUCAUCCUGGUCAAUUCUACCUGGACGCUGGGGCACAUCCUUGCUCUCUGGCGCUGCCCAGCCCGCACUGUCGUGGUCUACCCGCCUUGCGACGUAAAAGCCUUCCUGAGCUCACCACUGGACCGCACGGAGGAGGAAGGUGACGAAGACUGGGAGGAGCUGGGAUGUGAUGCGGGAAAGGACAGGAUAUGGCGCUCCAUCGUAUCGGUGGCGCAGUUCCGGCCGGAGAAGAACCACCCAUUGCAGAUCCGAGCUUUUCGUAAGUUGCUAGCUCGGAGACCAGAGGAUUCUUCUUUGCGGCUGGUUCUUAUAGGCGGCUGCAGGGAUCGGGAGGACGAGGAGAGAGUGGUUUCCCUGCGUCAACUCUGCCAGGAGCUGGGCAUGGAGGACCGUGUCCACUUUAAGCUCAAUCUGCCCUUCGAGGACCUCAAGAGAGAGCUCGCGGACGCCACCAUUGGCCUGCACACCAUGUGGAACGAACACUUUGGCAUCGGCGUAGUGGAGUGCAUGGCAGCCGGCACGGUGGUACUGGCCCACAAGUCGGGCGGUCCCAAACUGGACAUCGUAGUCCCGUAUGAGGGCAAGCGCACAGGCUUCCUGGCCGACAGCGAGGAUGAUUACGCCGCCGCCAUGGACACCAUCCUCACGUUGACGCCAGAACAGCGUGCGCAAAUCCAACGCAACGCUCGUCGGUCAGUGAUGCGCUUCUCCGACCAGGAGUUCCAGGCCUCCUUCCUGGCAGCGUGUGACUCAUUGAUGAGCUCGCUGGAGCGGUGAUACAGGGAAAAGAUUAGGUUGUGAUACCAAAAGAAAAGGAAACUGAAUUCAUGGUCGGCAAAUAGAAAUCAGCAUGACGACAAGAAAACAUGCACACAGUGGUAAAAAAAGGUCGAUACAUGCAUGUCUAAUGUAUGUGUAAUAUAAUUGAUGCAGUUAUGCAUAUGUGUCUGACCCUAGAGUAAUAGAAGUAAACACAAGAACUAAAAAAAAAUCACAUGAAAAAAAAUAAGCCACUGGACAUGAGGCACAUGCAGUGAACAUGCUGUUUGAUUACGUGAUCAUUGAUUUCCCUAGUCCAUGACACCCACGACCUUUCACAAUAGGAAUAAACAUGAAGGGUGGAAAUAAUUCACGUAGUAAAAAAAAAAAUCUCCCCUUUAUUCUCGGUCCAGCAAUUCAAGUGUAAUAAUUCCUCUGAUCGCUCCUCUUGGCAAUUAUUCAUGCGAAAACCACCCCUGGCACAAUGGAAAUAAUAGCGUGGGGAAAAAAUUGUCCACAGCAUACUUGGUCAGGUAUAGACACAUGCAAUGUAAGUGUCUGAUGAUUUUGCAACUGCUCCUCUUGGGAGCUAUUCAUAAUAACCACCAACAGCAGCACAACUGAAAUAAACAAGGACUUGAGAUAAUCCACAUUGUCUAGAAUCAAGUCCAUGCCACACGCAGCAUUGGCACAUGCUAUGUAUGCCACAUAAGAUUAAAGGGAUCGCUCUUCUCAUCAAAUAUUCACAUCAUUUCCAUACACAAUACAAAUAAUCAUGACAGCUAAAAAUCCCCAUACCCCCCAAAAAAAUCAUGGUACGAACAUAGUGCACUUGAGUGUGCAGUUUAGGUGUCACACAAUAAUUGUAAUUUCUCCUUUCACUGGUUAUUGACAACUGCCGUCACCUUGCACAAUAGAAAUAAACACAACAGCGGGAAAUAGUCCACACAGUCAAAAGCUUAAUGGAGACAGCUAUACCUGAUAUGCGACAAUGAAUGUAUUAAUUAUGGCUUCAUUCAUAAUAAUAUGAAUUGCUUUCUUUUAUAGGUUUCUGUUUAUUUCUCAGCACGUUACUUAAAGUUCAGCACCAAAUCUUUGAUAUUGUCUCCGAGGAUGAAGAUUCUGUACACUUACAUUAAAAGGAAUUAAAUGGUUUUAACAUUGUCAAUAGAAUGCGGAUAUAUGCUAUUACUUUAUAUUUUAUUCAGUACACAUCCAAAGAAAGAUGACGUGCAUUCAACACCUUAGUACUUUUCAAGUCUUGACUGAUGAUGCAAUACUGUCAUAAGACAUGGUGUUUCAGCACGCUUCAAUAUUGAUACUUGACACUGGUGUACUGAAAGUUUAUCACGAGAGAUACUAUAUUUUGCAAUAUUGAUAUUUGACACUGGUGAGAAAUUUUGGCCAAGUGUGUAACGACACACAAGC